GACUCCGGCCUCCCGGGAGGCGCGCGCCCCGCCGAGAUGUACGGUGUGUGCGGCUGCUGUGGGGCCCUGCGCCCCAGGUACAAAAGGCUGGUUGACAACAUCUUCCCCGAGGAUCCCGAGGACGGCCUGGUGAAGACCAACAUGGAGAAGCUGACCUUUUACGCCCUCUCCGCUCCAGAGAAGCUGGAUCGCAUCGGCGCCUACCUCUCUGAGAGGCUCAUCCGGGACGUGGGCCGCCAUCGAUACGGGUAUGUGUGCAUCGCCAUGGAGGCCCUGGACCAGCUGCUCAUGGCCUGCCACUGCCAGAGCAUCAACCUCUUCGUGGAGAGCUUCCUCAAGAUGGUGGCCAAGCUGCUGGAGUCGGAGAAGCCCAACCUGCAGAUCCUCGGCACCAACUCGUUUGUGAAGUUUGCCAACAUCGAGGAGGACACCCCGUCCUACCACAGGAGCUACGACUUCUUCGUGUCCCGAUUCAGUGAAAUGUGCCACUCGAGCCACGAUGACUUGGAAAUCAAGACUAAAAUCCGGAUGUCAGGCAUCAAGGGGCUGCAAGGCGUGGUGAGGAAGACGGUGAAUGACGAGCUGCAGGCCAACAUCUGGGACCCCCAGCACAUGGACAAGAUCGUCCCGUCGCUGCUUUUCAACCUGCAGCACGUGGAAGAGGCCGAGAGCCGGUCUCCCUCACCCCUCCAAGCACCAGAGAAGGAAAAGGAGAACCCGGCAGAGCUGGCCGAGAGGUGCCUCCGGGAACUGCUGGGCCGGGCUGCCUACGGCAACAUCAAAAACGCCAUCAAGCCUGUCCUCAUCCACCUGGAUAACCACUCACUCUGGGAGCCCAAGGUGUUCGCCGUCCGCUGCUUUAAAAUCAUCAUGUACUCCAUCCAGCCGCAGCACUCCCACCUGGUUAUCCAGCAGCUCCUGAGCCACCUGGACGCCAACAGCCGCAGUGCGGCCACGGUGCGCGCGGGCAUCGUGGAGGUCCUGUCCGAGGCCGCCGUCAUCGCUGCCACCGGCUCCGUGGGGCCCACGGUGCUGGAGAUGUUCAACACCCUGCUGAGACAGCUGCGGCUCAGCAUCGACUAUGCCCUGACCGGCAGCUACGACGGGGCUGCGAGCCUCGGCACCAAGAUCAUCAAGGAGCACGAGGAGCGCAGGUUCCAGGAGGCCGUCAUCAAGACCAUAGGCUCCUUCGCCAGCACGCUGCCCACCUACCAGCGCUCCGAGGUGAUCCUCUUCAUCAUGAGCAAGGUCCCGCUGCCUUCGCUGCCUCACUCCGUGGAGACCGGGAGGACUGGGGAGAACAGGAACCGGCUGACGCAGAUCAUGCUGCUGAAAUCCCUCCUGCAGGUGUCCACGGGCUUCCAGUGCAACAACAUGAUGUCGGCCCUCCCCAGCAACUUCCUCGACCGCCUGCUCUCCACCGCCCUCAUGGAGGACGCCGAGAUCCGGCUCUUCGUGCUGGAGAUUCUCAUCAGCUUCAUCGAUCGUCAUGGCAACCGCCACAAGUUCUCCACCAUCAGUACCCUCAGUGACAUCUCCGUCCUGAAGCUCAAGGUAGACAAGUGCUCACGACAGGACACGGUCUUCAUGAAGAAGCACUCGCAGCAGCUCUACAGACACAUCUACCUGAGCUGCAAGGAGGAGAGCAACCUUCAGAGGCACUACGAGGCGCUCUACGGGCUCCUGGCGCUGCUCAGCAUCGAGCUGGCCAACGAGGAGGUGGUGGUGGACCUCAUCCGCCUGGUGCUGGCUGUCCAGGACGUGGCCCAGGUCAAUGAGGAGAACCUGCCGGCGCACAACCGCUGUGCCCUGUACGCCCUGGGCGCCGCCUACCUGAACCUGCUGAGCCAGCUCACCACCGUGCCUGCCUUCUGCCAGCACGUCCACGAGGUGAUAGAGGCCAGGAAGAAAGAGGCCCCGUACCUGCUCCCGGAGGGCGUGUUUGUGGAGAGGCCCAGGCUGCCUCCGAGUCUCGAGGGGGUGGUCCUGGAGUUCCUGUUCCGGCAGAGCAAGAUCAGCGAGGCCCUGGGCGGCAGCGGCUACAAUUCCGACCGGCUCUGCCUGCCCUACAUCCCGCAGCUCACAGAUGAGGACCGCCUGUCCAAGAGGAAGAGCAUCGGAGAGACCAUCUCCCUGCAGGUGGAGGUGGAAUCCCGAAGCAGCCCCGAGAAGGAGGAGCGCGUGCCAGCCGAGGAGAUCACGUACGAGACGCUGAAGAAGGCCAUCGUGGACAGCGUGGCGGUUGAGGAGCAGGAGCGGGAGCGGCGGCGGCAGGUGGUGGAGAGGUUCCAGAAGGCGCCCUUCGAGGAGAUUGCUGCGCACUGCGGGGCCCGGGCGUCCCUGCUGCAGAGCAAGCUCAAUCAGAUCUUCGAAAUCACCAUCCGGCCCCCACCCAGCCCUUCGGGAACCAUCACCGCCGCCUACGGGCAGCCGCAGAACCACUCCAUCCCCGUCUACGAGAUGAAGUUCCCAGAUCUGUGCGUGUACUGAGCUCCGGACACGGAGCCCCUCGGGGGCUGGGGUCUGAGGAAAGGGCCCACCCUCAGGCCUACCGCCCCACCCCCACCCCACGGGGCCCGUGGGGCCUCGGGGCUCCACUGAGGAGAGGCAGCCACCUGCUCCUGGGAGGGCCCUGCCUCCUUUGUCCUCAGUCCUGGUCCGCCAGGCCAGAGAGGGGCCCUGCUGGAUGCCUCGGGUGUGACAGUGGGGGCACAGCUAUCAUUCCCACUGGGGAACUGGACAGACAGAGGAAGCAUGGACCCCAGCGGGAGGAGCCGGGGAGAGGUCCGCGUGGCAUGGCCCAGUGCCGCUCCCGCCUUGCUGUGCUGUCCCCGCUCUGUGCUCACCCUCCAGCUGCCUACCCGUGUCUUCCUGUUAGGCUGCAGUGAGAGCGCCCCUGCGUGUCCCUCGGGGCGUCUCCUCACGUCUCUGUUCAGAGCAGGCUUGGGCAGGCCAGGGCCCUCCCCGGCUCUCUCCCUCCUGGACUUUUCCCUGAAUUGGGUCCCCUCUUCCAGGGAUCCCAAAGGGUUUCUGUGGCCCUGGGCUGCAGGAAGGCAGAACAAGAUCAUCUGGUUCUAGAUGACUCAGAACUGGGGAGGUACUGCCAC